AUGUCCAGCACUGAGUCUACAAGUAUGGAUGAUUACUCUGACACUGAGUACUACACAGAAGACGAGAACUAUGACUCACGGGAUGGGUCUGAGCUAAUGGCCUCUAGCGGGAAUAUGCCAGAUCUUUUCACUGUGAGAACGGGUGAGUGCCCCGGGGAGUACGAGCGCAUUGAGCUUCUUAUCAAGCACUCGAAAGUCCUCAAGUCUGGGGGCAUAUCAGAGGAGGAGAAGGCUGCCCUGUUCUCGCACAUGGUGGUCCGGUCUGAGGCAGAGGGUAUUGAGGCAGAGCCAUGGAUUACGUCUUUUUUCUCUGUGCUUCAGUACCCGACUGUUCGCUCUAUGCUGCCCAGCAAAGUGGCAAGUGCAAUUGGCCAGCUUCCAGACCACGAGACUCUGGAUGUGCUGAUUUCCUUCCGCUUCUCAAACGUACCAGAAGAGAUCGUGUAUGAAAUGUACGAGUCAUUCCCUGGUGCGCACAUGCACAAAAAGGACCAGAAAGUGCUUCUUUUGUCGCUGGAGAAGCCCGUGCAGAAGGAAGAGGAGGCUGAGAUAAAGCGCGUAUUCCCUGCCUUUAAGUUCCAGGGCAGCGGAAAGCUGUUCCCCGUUCACACAGAGGAAAUCUUUUUGAUUCUUAAUGCGGAAAAGCCUCUUUUCAGCUGCUUAGUGCACGAUGACACCGCAAUCAAGGGAUACAUUCUAGAUAGAGAAAGAUUCAUUGCUUUCAUAGAGGCAAUGAAGAAGUACUAUACAUAG